UACACUUUAUUUAUUUGACGUCAACUUUUGUCAUCUUUGUUAAUUUUUAUUUGGAACUUGAGUCUUGAAAUAUCUAUUUUAUAAUUAAUACCAUGGACGACUUUGGCGACAGUUUUGUGCAGCCCGAAGUAGAUCCCGCAGCAGACUUCUUAGCUCGCGAGCAGAACCAGCUGGCCGGUCUUGAGGAUGACUUGGAAACAAGUGCUCCGCCCCCUGUAGCCACCCUCUCAUCUAAUGGAUUUGAUGAUUUCGUUGAAGUACCAAGUGCAGCUACAUUUGAAGCAAAUGGCCUGCUAGAUGAGGACAUCGCCGUUGCCCCAGCACCCGCACCCGCACCUGCGCCGGCUGUAGCCCCAGUGUUCAGACAGGAACGUGAGGAGCCAGAGAAGAUUAAACUCUGGAGAGAAGAGCAAAAGAAAAGAUUGGAAGAGAAAGAUGAAGAGGAGGAAAGGAAGAAGCAGGAAAUGUUGAAAGUGGCCAAGAAGGAGCUAGAAGACUGGUACAAGACUCAUGAGGAACAAAUUGGCAAGACCAAGGCAGCUAACAGGGAGUCUGCUAAGAAUGCAGAGAAGGCCCUAGCGCGGGGCUCAGAGAGUGAUCCAGAGGAAGGCAACGAGUGGGCUCGAGUGUCCGAGCUAUGCGACUUCGGUCCCAGACGAGGCAGAGACGUGGCUAGACUGCGUUCCAUUGUGCUUCAACUGAAGCAGUCCGGCGUACGGCCCAAAUACCCGCCAAGAUCCACUAGAGUAGCUUAAAAGGAUAUACACUACACUAAGGUGAAAAUAAUUGUUAUUAGCCUGAAAAUAACUCUAGAUCAGUCUCAGUGUUAAUAAAUCACAUAUUAUUAUAAAUUAAUAUUAUAUUCAUAGAAAUGUUAUUAACUAUCAGAGCAUGUGAUAACAGUGUUCUUGUAUAAGGGUAGGACUUAACUAAUGGAAUUUCAUCAUUAAUAAAAAAAUACUUUUGAUAAGUGUAUCAAAAAAAUUAUAGUGUGGUUCUAUCCUAAAUGCACGAAAACUUUUUGGGCCCUGAUCAUGGCGUAUAUCUUAACUUCUUAUUGCUUUCUUAUGGCGUAAAUUUGGAUCCCAAAGGACUCAAUUCUUGUCACAAUUUGGGAUAAAGAAUGCCACAAUAAUAAGAAUCAGGGUCCAAAUAACUGUUAUGUAUUAAAAAAAAUUAUUUAACAAUGUUCAUCAAUAUUGGCUUUAAUAUUGUGGUUAGAAUAUUUUUUAUUUAAGUAUUUAAAUAAACAUCAUUCCAAAAUC